GUGCCAAGGAGGUUUCUGACAUCCUCGCCGAGGACGCCGCGAAGCGUGACAUCGAGAACAAGUCCCCAAGAGCUGAAGUGUCGCUGUUGAAAUCCGCUGGCCUGCUAAAGGUUCUCGGACCUCAGAAAGCUGGGAAACAGGCUACAAAGUUAUUCGAGAAGUUGCCAAAGGAGAUGGAUCGAUUGGAAUGCUGCUUGGGUACCAUUUGCUGUGGUCUACCACGGCCAAUGUUGUAGGCACUGAUGAACAGCAAGAUAGCGUGCAAGAAGCUAUCAUCAAGAACAAUUUCUUCGUUGGAGGAGCAGUCAACCCACGCGACAACGACCUGAAGAUCACUUCGGAAGGUGAUGAACUGGUUUUCAAUGGACUGAAGAACUUCAAUACUGGCGGCGUUGUGAGCGACUUGACUGUCCUUGAAGGUGUCCUUGACGGCACAGAAGAUCACAUCUUCACACUGGUCAAGACCGAACAGCCAGGGAUUCAGUUUGCCCACAACUGGGACAACGUUGGCCUGCGACUUACAGAGUCUGGAAGCGUGAAGAUUGACAACGUCCGCGUGCCGUGGACCGACGCACUUGGCUGGGAUCCGGUCAAGAAGAAGCCAAUCCCUGAAAUCCUCGGACUGCCUUUUGGAACCUUGUUGCUGCCCACUAUUCAGCUUGUCUUCAGCAACUUCUACCUUGGCAUUGCUCAAGGUGCGCUUGCUGCUGCAACCCAGUAUACCCUGAAAGGAACCAGAGCUUGGCCAUUUGGUGGUGACAACAAGGACAAAGCUGUUGAUGAGUGGUACAUCCUCGAGCGAUAUGGCGAGUUUCGGGCGCAUCUUGCAGCCGCUGAUGCACUUGCUGAUCGUGUCGGCGCUGAGGUUGCCAAUAUUUACAGAGAGGCAGGUCAGUAUGGUUCUGUUGUGGAUCUGGAGAUCACAAGCUCCAAGCAACUUAUCAAUCCGAAUUACCUUGCCAAUGGCCAUUCCAGCAACACCAGCACAGGACCAAACCCCCCGUACUCGAUCUCGACCACAGGCAAUUUCCAGAUUCCUGAGACAAACGGCCACACAGACGGUACAUCCAAGAGCCGAGGCAGGGCUAGUAUUACCGCUCAACGACGUGGCGAGCUUGCAGCAAAUGUCGCCCACGUCAAGGUUGUGACAACGGACACUGGUCUUGCAGUGACAUCCGGAAUCUUUGAGAUGUUGGGAGCAAGAGCGACUGGAAAGAAAUAUGGAUUCGAUAGAUACUGGAGAGAUAUCAGAACCCAUUCGUUGCAUGACCCAGUUGCAUACAAGAAGCGUGAGGUUGGACGCUUCCAGCUUUUGGGCGAGAUCCCGGAGCCAACAUGGUAUACAUAGCUCGGUUGCGGCGGCUGUGCACUUUGUAUUGCAGCAAAAAUGCUGGAGGAAAUGGCUGCUGUGUCGGCUUUAUGGCAAUGAGAAUGGUAUUCUGUCUCCUU